AUGUCCCAAGAGACAUUCAAAGGCUGGGUCUCAACCUCGGCCAAAACCCCCCUAUCCUACACAACCUACACCCCAAAACCCUUCACACCAACCGACAUCGAAAUUUCCAUAACCCACUGCGGAAUCUGCGGCACAGACAUCCACACCCUAAACUCGGGCUGGGGCCCAACAGAUUAUCCUUGCGUAGCCGGCCACGAGAUAAUCGGCACAGUACGCCGCAUCGGCAGCGAGGUGCCCAACCACCCCACAAACCCGUCUAUCCGCAAUAUCCGACUCGGCGAACGCGUCGGCAUAGGCGCGCAAAGCAGCUCCUGCCUCAAACCUGAUUGCGAAGCAUGCGCCGAUGGCCAGGAAAGUUACUGCGCGCGCAUGACGGGCACAUAUAACGGCCGCUACCUCGACGCAAACCGGAGUAAAUCCUUCGGCGGGUUCGCGGAUUCAUGGCGUGGGCCUGCGCAUUUUGUUUUCCGGAUUCCAGAUGCACUGCCUAGUGUGCGUGCUGCGCCGUUACUUUGUGCCGGCGUGACAGUGUAUGCGCCGCUAAAGAAGUACGGCGUUGGACCCGGGAAGACGGUUGGGAUUGUGGGCAUUGGGGGGCUAGGACACCUCGGGAUAUUAUUUGCGCGAGCGCUCGGCGCAGAGCGGGUAAUCGGGAUAUCGCGAUCGAGUGCGAAGAAGGCGGAUGCGAUUGGCGGGCUUGGGGCAGAUGGGUUUAUAGCGACUGGGGAAGAGAAAGGGUGGGAGAAGAAGUGGUCGAGGAAGAUGGAUGUUGUUUUGAGUACUGUUUCUGCGCAUGAUAUGCCGUUUGCAGGGUAUUUGAGGUUGCUUAAGCGGGAUGGCGUUUUUGUGCAGGUGGGCGCGCCUGAGGAGGCUUUGCCGCCGCUUAUGGCUUGGUCACUUAUUCAGAAGGGGGUUAAGGUUACUGGGUCGAAUAUUGGGUCGCCGGGGGAUAUUAGGGAUAUGUUGGAGUUGGCGGCUGAGAAGCAGGUUUUGCCUUGGGUUGAGAGGAGGGCUAUGAGGGAUGUUAAUCAGGCAUUGGUUGAUAUGCAUGAGGGGAAGGCGAGGUAUCGGUAUGUUCUGGAGAAUGGUGGGGAGCAGGCUAAGUUGUGA